CACGGCUGGGCCGGCACCGGCAAGAACUUCCUCAGCCAGAUCCUGGCGGAGCACGUCCACCCCGCCGGCCUGCGCAGCAAGUUCGUCCAUCUCUUCCUGCCCACCCUGCACUUCCCCCACGACGACGAACUGAAGCUCUACAAGGACCAACUGCAGAACUGGAUUCGGGGCAACGUCAGCGCCUGUCCCCACUCCGUCUUCAUUUUUGAUGAGAUGGACAAAAUGCACCCAGGUCUCAUUGAUGCCAUCAAGCCGUUCUUAGACUAUUACGAGCAGGUUGAUGGGGUGUCCUACACAAAAGCCAUCUUCAUCUUCCUCAGCAAUGCAGGUGGUGACUUAAUUAAUAGAGCAGCUCUUGACUUCUGGACAAGUGGAAAACACAGGGAAGAGAUUCAGCUGAAAGACCUGGAGCCCACGCUAUCUGUAGGAGUCUUCAAUAACAAGAAUAGUGGACUGUGGCACAGCAGCCUCAUCGAGAAGAACCUCAUUGACUACUUUAUCCCCUUCCUGCCCCUGGAACAGAAGCAUGUGAAGAUGUGCGUCAGGGCUGAAAUGAUAGCCCGUGGCUAUGCUGUCGAUGAGGAGGUUGUUCAAGCAGUGGUUGAUGAGAUGACGUUCUUCCCAAAAGAGGAGAAAAUCUACUCUGAUAAAGGCUGCAAGACUGUACAGGCCAAGCUGGAUAUUCACGAAGACACUGCGAUGAAGGAUACAAAAGCCAAGGGUUAAUUACCAUUCAGGUCUUCAAAGCACUUUCAGACCUUUUGGAAAUCUGUGUAUUUGCACUUAAGCUUUUUUACCGUUGCAGGGAGUGUGGUGAAAAUACCGGAGUGAGCUCUGUGGGCUUUUUAACUUUUUUUUUUUUUAACUUCUCACUGUUCAUCUCUGAAAUGGCUGGUAUCCAAAUGUUGUCUGCUUUAUUUUUCUUUUAACCUAUAGAGAAUUUCUGAGUGUGUCACAUACAUAGCACUGGAUACAGCCUCUCCUGCUUUAUUCUUCCAAGUGCUGGGAUUAUUAAGUAUUUAAUUCCUCUUCCCACAAAAACGAGACUAGAGCAAAGGAGAACAGAGGAAUUCUUCCUGGCAGUCAUAGUCCCUUGUACACGGUCUUGUUCGUGGGUGUCCUGGUUUCGGCUGGGAUAGAGUUAAUUUUCCUCCUAGUAGCUGGUACAGUGCUGUGUUUUGG